AGCAGGUCAGGAAACGCUUGGAGAGUGAAAGAGUCUGGCAUUGGACUUAUUCUAAGGUCUACAGGCUUAUCGUUGUACGUAGAUCUAGUAGAACAGGCGGUCGUUACUUAUCAGGAAAUAAAAGACUUCCCCCAAAUUGUAGCAGGUCUCUCGUGUCGUGUAUUAUCUUCAAGAAAUAUAACACACGAAGUCGCGAAAUCUUUCAUCUCGCACGAAUAAAUUUCUUACAACAUCUGGUGGAGGUGGUGAGUGCUGCACCGCUUUUUCCCGUAAUGUCGUUGUUGUAUCAUUAGAUGACUUACCUCUAGCAGCUAUUCAUCAUUGAUGAACGCCGUUCAGCAAAAGUAAGACUAGACUCAAACAGGUACAGGUUAUCGCUGUGAACACUUCUCAAAGUAAAAAUAUUAUAUGGACUAUUAUUAGCUAGGGCAGCUGCAUACAAGUAACGUCCGAGACCUCGCGACAUGCAUCUUUUCCUGGGGAACGCAAGAACAAAUUAAUCGAGGUAACAAAGUCUCAGCGUAGAGAAAUGGUUCUCUUUCUUCUACUAGACGACCCGUGCUUUUGAUAGUUCCUUAUAAAUAUCUUGAAUUGUGUUGGCAAGAACCAUAGAACGAAAACCGUCUUGAUGUGGAACCGCCAUAACUCUUUUUAUGAUUGUACUUUAGAAGUAGAUCCGUUCUCGCUUGCUUCCUGGAGUCCAUCACGACAUUGAUUGCUGCAGACGCCGUCCGCAGCAAUAAGUCUUCGCAUGGAUAUCAGAUCGUUCAUCUCGACUAUUUUCCUACUAUCAUUACAUCGACGUCUUUCCUAUAUAAGAAAGUUCGUUAUCCAUUGAUUGUCGCGUUGUUGUGGAACUCAUAAAUACAGUCUUCUUCUUGUCCCCUAUUGCAGGAAGAGUUUGUCUCCACGGAUCUGUCGUAUAUUAGAAAGCCACAAGAAGAAGCACGACAACAAAUUUUCCAACGUAAAUUUUUUUCACCGAAAGGUGUUGCAGCAGUUGUUUAGCACCCAGUUCUCAGAUCGUUCGCUUUUGUCCUCACUUUUUAGCCAUAGUCCAAAGUAUACAAUAACAAAUUGCUCGAAGAAAAAAAAUGAAGGCGUGUUAUACAACUAGUAAUUAUUUGAUUGGUGACGAAAUUGAGCGUUCUUAGAAGUUCAAGUAAGGUACUUCAGCAAGUUUCUUCGUGAAUAUACGCAGGUUGUGUGCGGACAAUCCAUCAGGAAUCUUUUUUAGGUCGCUCACUAUCGGUGGCAAGCCGGUGAAGACGAUAACUGGUGUGUAAGUCCCACGAACCGUAAGAAUCAAAAGAUUGGCAGCUCUCGGGAACAAGGAGGUAGAUGAUUUAACAAAUUACACUUAUAAAACGAGAAACAUGAACAAGAAAGAUCGAAUUACGAUAUACGGAUUGAAUUGAAGAUGGAUCUACUUGGCACAACAACGAAGAUUCAGAUUGUUAAUUGAUUAAUUGACGUAGCAUUUUGAUUGAUGAACUAGUAGAAGAACCAAGAAGAUUGCUGAAAUCCUGUCCCGUAAAGUAUCGGCUCAAAGAGGUUCGUAUUGUAUCGUAACCAGAAGAAGCAUGCUCAGGUGUAAGAACGAAAAGCAGUAGUUGCUGUCGUGAUUAGCCACUAAACAAGUAUAUGAAAAAAGAUUGGAUCAGAAGAAAUAUGUUUGGUAUUCGUAAUUAUCUUCCAUGAUUUGUGACACAGUUAACCCUUCUAUGUCUUGUUCUUUCUGUAACACAUAGUUACAAUAUCUAUCAGAGUUGAGAAGAGAAAUCUAUCUGAGCCCAGACAGCGACACUCUCCUACUUUCUGAAAGAGAAGCCUCUGUUGUAUACGCCAUUUGCCAACGCUUCCUUCAGGCGACGCGGCACCCAACGGGAGAACAAUGAAGGACAAGACGAUGACAGGUACAGCUACUUAUUCUUUACCAUUUAUUAUCGCAGCUAGUAAUAGAAGAAGAAUGACUCGCAUCGUUGUCAAUGAUGUUGUGUGACGUUCAUCUUCGAGAAACAAGAUCAAAAUCUUUUUCUUGAAAAAUAGAAAUCCUUGAAGUUCAAGAAGCGGCCAGAGAGAGAGGCAGUUACAAUUCCCGAAAUUCACAUCAGAUGCGCAACGUCGCGAGCGGGCGGAGCGCGAGAAGAAGAGGGUGGAGGGUCUCCGCGGAACCCCCGGCGUGGAAGUGAACAAAUGCUUCACUACUUCGAAGCAACACAGAAUUGGGUGUCAAAUGGACCAUUACACACCCCUUAAAGUGAUUGGUCGUGGAAGUUACGGAAAGGUAUUUUUAUGACGAACAAAAGUUCAUGUUGGGCGAUGAAAAAGUGUGUUGUAGUAAUUUGAUCAUUUUAGCCACCAACAACUGACCACUUGCUUUGAUUAUUAUGAGACGACAUCACCAUCAUCACCUUCGUAAUCGUAACUCAAAAGGUUUAUCUGGUGCGUGCGAAAUUCGGGAAAAGGCAGACCUUUGCGAUUAAAAUGUUACGAAAGGAGAAUAUUAUGAAGCGCAACCAAGUGGUCCAUACCAAGACCGAACGCACUGUGCUGGACCGAGUGAAUCAUCCGUUUAUUGUGAGUCUCCACUACGCCUUUCAGACCAGUCGAAAGCUGUUCUUCGUGCUCGAAUAUUGCCCAGGUGGCGAACUAUUCUUUCAUCUGCAAGCUGUCGGCCGCUUCUCCGAGAGCCGGUAUCCCUUUUUUGUUUUUGUCCCUCUAAUAUAAUGACCUUAUGUUUACAGGAAGGGCUACAAGCUUUUGCACCUUUCUUACGCUUACCACGUUAUUUUUGUACCUUAGUCAAAAAAAUCAACGUGGAUGCUUUUUCUCGGUGUUAACCGGUUUGCCUUGCUGGUUGUCGAAAAUCACGAUUUGAGGCUUGAUGAGGCGAAUGAUGAUGAUGAAAAAAAAACUCGCACGUUCUUUCGUACAAAGCUCAAAUUAUAUUAAUCUAAUGAAUACAGAGCACGCUUUUACUCGUCGGAGAUUUGCUUGGCCAUCGCUUAUCUCCACUCUCUCGACAUUAUUUACCGCGAUUUGAAACCGGAGAACGUCUUGUUGGAUUGCAACGGGCACGUGAAGGUGACCGACUUUGGCCUUUCCAAAGAAGGCAUCGCAGACAAUUUUUCAGCAAAUUCGAUGUGCGGGACUCCGGAAUAUCUCGCUCCCGAGAUUCUACUACUGAGUGGUACUUUUAAAAAUUUUUGGUUUCUUAGGAUUAAUCAUGUUAUUUUUUUCAUGCUAUUUUUUUGAAGUUCAACAACUGCUAGUCCUACACUCCUUACAGGACGAUCGACUGUUAGGACGAAGCUCUUCUUUCUAUUUUCUUUCUUAUUACAGUACGCCGCAUGAUGUUAAAUCUUACUCGCUACAACAGGUCACGGGAAAGCGGUUGAUUGGUACUCGCUGGGAGCGAUCUGCUUUGAGAUGAUUACGGGACUUCCGCCGUACUAUUCCCGCGACCGCGAAGAGCUUUUUCGAGCGAUUCGACAAGGGCAAUUGGCGAUCCCGAGCUAUGUGAAGACCCAUUCCCGCGACUUCCUGAAGCGUCUCUUGGAACGCACUCCCUCUGUGCGUCUGGGUGCUGGCCCGACUAACGCUGAGGAAGUGAAAAGCCAUUCCUUCUUCAACGGAGUGGAUUGGAAAAAGGUAUCAUCUAGAAACAAUUGGAAUACUAUCUAUGAAUGAACAAAUUUAGUUUUCGAUACAACUGUGCCGCUGCCGCGGAAUAUUCAUGUUGUCAUGACCGUAUAAUCUAUCAUGUUCGAUGGUAGAAUUCAAUGUGAGUUCAGUCAUGUUUUUUGUUAGAUAAGCAGUGUGUCUGAUAUUGAGACGCUCCGUCGACAGUUUCGGAAUACUGUUCAGAAGAAUACACCAUGACCAUGAUUUACAACCACUCAUUUGAAUCUUGACGAUGGUAGAGGAUUACUAUCUAAAAAGAUGCAAUGAUGCCCAUUUCAAUGCUUCUCCAGGUCUACCAUCGUCGCUAUCGCCCUCCAUUCGUUCCUCCUGUAAAAGAUGAGGAGGACGUUCGAAACAUCGAUCAAGAAUUUCUUGCGAUGUGCCUUAACGCUUCGGAGUACCAGCCGACCGACGGCAGCGAGGACGUCCUAUAUUUCAACAAUUUUUCGUACGUGGCGCUUCCUGGAGAACAAAGCAUCGUUGACACGACAAGUACUUUUAUUUUACCUUUCUUCUUUCUCAGUAGGCUCAUUUGCACAAAGCUUGUUUUACGAUGUUUAGGUGAAAAGAAUCGUCAUGAACAUAUUUAUCCUGUUUUCAAUCCUUAACAGCGCCAGUUAACAAGGGAGACGCGAACCACUCGGGGCGAACGAGUGGACACCAGGAGCAGGACCACGAAAGCACUGCUGAUGGUGCGGAAGACACGACGGAGGACGACAUGGCGUCGACGGGUGACCUCAGCCGUCGCUCGCAGCCACCCGCGACGCAGCAAGCUGUGGGAAUCAGCGCGCUGACAGCGGAUGCUCUAGCAGAUAUGCACAAAGUGUAUCAGGGUGAGCAUGGUAUGAAUCCGAUGGGCAGCCCGACGGCCGGCGUGAACACUCACCUGCAGAAUUUCCUCCAGCAAGACAAGCAGCAGCCCAGCUAUCAGCGUCUCCAGCAGCAGUACGAGGAUCACCAGCGACAGCAGAUGAUGUUGCAACAUCAGCAACAGCAACUGGCCGCCGCUGCCGGACAGCAUGUUGUGGCAGGGGCUGGUGGGGCUGCGCCUCUUGUUCAGACGAAUAUGCAACAUUCGCACGGUGCUGGUGACUUGAUGUCGCACUCGCAGCAAUUAGAGCAUCAACAUCGCGCAGAUUUCAAUCGCAGUAUUCAGCAGUACCAUCAACAACGUGCUGCAGCAGCUCAACAACUGGUUGAUUCCUCGCCCCUGGCGGGAGCGACUCUCUCCCCGCCUGCUGCUCGUUUGGAUGUGGUCCAGAUGCAGCAGGUUCAGCGACAGCAGCAGAUGAUGCUGCAGCAGCAACAGCAGCAGCUUCACCUGCAGCAAAAGCGACUCCUACAACAACAACAACAACAACAACAAAAACAACAACAACAGGCGGCAGCGGCGUUGCAACAACAGCAUCACAUGGCAGCGCGGCAGUACAGCAACGGCCCGCAAGACCAGUACAGCAGUAUCCCUCCCGAGCAUGUGGACAACUGCAUGACGUCGCGAAACCAGCAACAUGUUUCUCCCCAACAGCAGAUGCGCGGUCACCCAGCCACUCAUCAGCAACCGCAGCAACUAGCCCAAACCCACCCGAAUGCGGUUAUGCAUCACCACAACACCCGAAUGGGAGGACCACCGCACGCCGCCCACCAUCCACAGCACCGCUACCAUCUGAACUGAAACCCUCCGUAAAACUACGGAGAAGAACCGAAAAUGAACUGAAAUGACUACACAGUACCUCAAGAACUACUACUUCUGAUGACAAAUCAAGAUCUACCUCCACGAACUGGUAAAAAUAUAAGGGGGAGAUCCCUCCUCGUCGCCUCUCCAACUUCUUCUACCCAGCGCCAGCGUCCCCGCAGUUGAGAUCCUUGUCUCCCAGAAUUAGUACUAGGAAACUCCCUUCGCAUUCAACAGCAAACUAUGCAUGCCCACCUUUUGUAGCAUGGUCGUUUGUAUCCCCAUUUAGUAAGAUUUUAGUGCCGGAAAUAGGACCAGGAAGAAUAACUAAGAGAAAAAGAAUGAAGAAGUAGAGUACAACUUACUUAGUACUAAACAGACAGUUGAAACUAGUUUGAAGAAAUAAUGUUCUUCGUUGUUCUUGUUGUGGUGCACACUCGUUCCCGCACCCGUAGAACGAACCAUAUAGAAGGGUAUUUCGUGUAUAUUGAGCUUAGGUGGUGUAGAGUUAUGAUUCCUGUGUGUCGUAUCUCGCAGGAGGAAUUCUCGUGGUGGCGUGGUGAUUCAUUCCGGGUGAUGGGGUUGUCUCAAAAGACGCCUUAUCCUUACAAAGCUAGGUCGUGAACAAAGUGCCUUUUUCUGCGACGUUCUUAACGAUGAAUCACUGCCGUUUGGCCUGUUUUCGAUGUUUGAAUAGUAGAGCGGGCUGAUUCCCGUAAAGCAGGGAGGGGACCCCUUCCUCUCUUCCCGCUGUCCGCUUAGAAGUAGUAGUAGUAGUAGUAGUUGUACUUGAUUCUAAAGAAGAAAUAAGUUUCUGGCUUGUUUUAAUAUCAGUUGUGACGAUUGAUUAAGUUAAAGGUGGACACGAAAAUAAUGUAACUCCUAAAUGUUGACCUUUUUCGCUUAUUCAUUCACGACAAGAAUAUUAAUGCGACUUGGGACCCUUCCUGAAAGGACAGGCGGGAAGCGCUGGAGGGUCCUGGGGACGCACUAACUGUCAUGAGUAGACUGACUGGUUCGUUAGAAGAGGAUCGUAAGGCCGUCGUAGCUUUAUCUGUUUUUACCAGAGCAGAGAAGUACCUAUUCACCUCGUGAGGAGAUCGUUAUAAACAAGCAAACGACAUUCCUAUGUGGAUGAUGAAGUAGCACAAGGACGCCGCAUUGGGACGCCUACGACAUCGAAGACGUAUAAUGUGCCGGUCGGUAUAGUUCUUGAAUCAAUUGUAUGUGUAUGUUCUUGUAUUACCCAAAUUUUUAUUCUUACCUAUUUGGUGAAGAUGAACAUGAAGAUAACCAUGUGCGUCUUAAUUAUAUGCACUGGUGUUCGAUCUUGUAAGCCGACGCUUCAUAACACAUAUGAUCUCGGUAUUCUUGGGUAGGGGUCAGCACAGGAGCAAGUACAAGCGUAAUGUAUUGGUUGAUGGUGGUGAUGGUUUGUGUCGGAUAUUCGUGAAUGUCUAGCUGAACUGUCGGUGUAAUCAUCCAUAAAUAAUUACAAAUAAACCAUCCAUCGAGUAACGACUCGAAAAGUGCUGAGUUCGACCGAGUCCCUUGCCGAAGAGUCAACACCUAUGCUGGGCUAGCAAUGAGAUGAAAUGAGAAAUCACAUGUCCUCUCUGUCAGCCGUCUUUUUGGUCGUUGAGAUUGUAAUCUAUUAAUCACAAUUAAAUUUGAAGGCUACACCUUCAUUCAUUCAUUCAUUCAUUCAUUAACUGCAACCACUAGUAUUACAGAAAAAGGACGGACCACUGAUGUCAUCGUGUGGAAGCCGGGGGCUCUGUCAAAGCAGCCUGUGCACGCCUCGCAGCCUGGCUGGCCCAGCCUCGCAGCAGGAUGCAGCUGAGCGGAGGCAGUAGCCCCUUCAUUCCGGCUAAUACGAUGUUAAUACAGCUUCGAAUUACAAUCAAACCACAGUUGGAGGUCUCUCUUUGCUCUAAAGAUCUACUAUAGUUCCACCUCUUCAUCUACUCUGGAAUUCGGGUCGUUGGCGUUAUCGUCAAUGUGAGCCCACGUAGGAUCAGUCUAUCAGAAUAUCAACAUCAAGAGUCGGUAACUGCUCAGUACUUUCUCUGGACCACUUCUUCGUGGAUUUGAAGUUGACGCCAGAGCAUCGCUGAGUACUCCUGAGUCCCUCUGUACACUACUGCUGAUUUCUCUCGGCUUUUUUUAUACUGAUCCGAAUCUUCUUACUCAGGAUUCAAACUUCUGCUUCAGUUCACACAGCUCGAUGGUUCCCUACGUUUUUAAUAUUUCUCUCAUUUUUUGACUUACAGCAGCUACUUCUACUUGUGUUGAAUUGCAGAAAAGGGCGUGCUUUAAAAAUGUCAAUAACCGAGGGCGGGAAAGCGAGUGCUUCCUCUGUUGCACCGGGGAGCCAUGGUUGCGCUCUGUUGCACUCCGUGUAGGUGGUGCACUUAUACAUUCGCGAUUUCGCUAACGAUUUCGAUUAUUAACAUUUCUAGGUACUUGGUAAGAAUUGAGUUUCAAGAUGAAUUCGGUAAGUAAGUGUCAAAAUGAUUGUGGUUCAUGGAGUCAUCGUGGUAUCUGGUAGUUUCAGGCCUCCGAAUUUAGAUAAAGGUGCUAAUAAUUCUCAUCUUCUCGCUCGAUGUGACAGCAUGUGUCUUGUUAGAAGCAAGCGUCGCAAAGGUUUAUUCAAAUUCCAUCUCAAGCGGAGGGUGGCGCGUCUGAGUCUACUGCAUCUAGCUAUCUGAUCCUCACCACACCACUCUGUGUCCUGGUGGUCUCGCUGCCGACCUUGAGACUUUCAGAGGUGCUAGCACAUUGUUAAAGAUUCUGCCAGCUCAUGGCCGUGGGCGGUCCAGGACCUGUUUGCUCAGUGAGCAUGUGAUUUUGAUAAUCGUUGAUUAUAGAAAAUCCAUUGUGUGCUGUCCUCUCCGAAACUUUCACUUCGUAAGUAAUAGAGACUUGAAGACGACGAGGAUCCAAAUACUUAAUCAUCUACUACUAUUUGCUUGUGAAUGAAAAUGAUAGCCGUGUGAUAUUGUACCAAAACAGAGGAGCGAUACCGAGCUACAACAGUACACACGAGGAAAGUGACGAGAUGAGGAAAGUAUGGAAAAUUAUCAUGGUCAAAAGAAUGUGAAAAGGAUUUAUUGGUUGUUCUGGUCGAACAGAAAAGAAUAUAAGCAAUUAAGCGCCUGAGAGUUCGUGGUGCGCCUACUCAUGGGGUCGUGGCCAAGUAACACUUGUUCGACCUUUCAGUGCGUCGCAGGAACUUCUCCUUAUGGUUCUUUGGGGUUCCAUUUAUGGUUCGCCGCUUUGGUUAGACUAACAGCUUAGCGACUUGUCUUUCCUUCCUUUUCACCUUUCGGCGACAGGGAGUGCCAUUGGCCUGGCUGGGCAUUCGUUGUCGGAGUUGACCUUGUGUCGGCUGCCAUUCUGUCUCUACGCUGCGUCGGGUUGCGCCUUAGGUUUUCUACAGGAGUCGAGUGUACGGCUUCUCCGAUAGAUGUAGAUUUGUGGCCGAUUGUGCGGUCUUAUGCGCACCCAGUAUGUAAUUUGGAUGAUCUUAUAAAUAAGGAGGUAAAUAAUUGAUUGAAAGGGUGGCAGCAUAUAGUCCUAACGCAAAAAAAAAAAAAAACUCUACGG